AUGUGGGUGGCCGUCGCGGGCCCCCUGACCCACAUCCCCAUGACUGGCUUCUGGGUGCUCAUGAGCCUCGCCGCCACCAAGGUGGCGUAUGGCACCGCCUUUGUGACACUCCAGUACCCCUGGCCGGAGCCGCCGUUCCUGGGCGUAACCCUGGUGACGCUGGCGAUCUACCUGAACAUCGCGAUUUUUGCGUUCAACCUCUUUAUCCCGGCUUACCCCCUCGACGGCGGUCGCAUCUUGGUGGGCCGCCGGGGCGCCGGUGACGGCGUGCGGGGCGCGGGUCGGCGGCGGCGGGGCGGCGGCUCGCCCGGUGGGGCUGUGCCCUGCGGCGUGGACUCUCUCUUGUGGUUUGGCGUGCAGCCCGCGCCUGCGGCCAAGAUCACCCUCGGGGUCGCGGUGCCCCUGGCACUCGGCAUCCUGGUGGUGGGGGCGGUCUUCGUACAGCCGAUGACGAUUUUGUCGGCGGCAUUCCUGUUUUGGGCCUGCUGGCAGCUGUACGACUGCCUGAGGAAGGGCCAGAUAGAGCAGCACCCGCUCUUCUCAUUCACAGCGUCCCAAAACGCCGCCGCCGCCGCCGCGGCCGGGCGCAACAUGGAGGCGGGCCUGACGGGGCCGGCCGCUCCAUACGGUGCCUCGCCGUACGGCGGCGCCGUGGGCGGCGGCGCUGCGCCGUAUGGCGCCGGGGGCGGCGGCGGAGCGCCGAGCUAUCAGUUCUACCCGCCGAACGGCGUGCCCGGCGGCCGCCCAGCGCAGCAGCCGCGCGCUCCCAUAUUCUAA